AUGUCACCGCCGAUACCAAACGGGCCAUGGAAAUUGUUAGCCACAGACCUGUUUGAGUGGCACAACCAUAAUUAUCUCAUUGUGGCUGAUUAUUAUAGUCACUAUUCUGAGAUCAGCCUGUUACCUAAUAUCACCGCCAACAGUGUCAUCAAUCACAUGAAAUCAAUCUUUGCCCGGCACGGCGUAUGUGAAGAACUGAUAUCUGACAAUGGAAGCCAAUACACAUCUGCAGAAUUCAAAAGAUUCGCUGCAGAAUGGGGUUUCAAGCACACCAUGAACAGCCCCUACCAUCACCAAUCUAACGGACUUGCUGAAAAGUAUGUUGGUAUAGCAAAACAGAUCAUGAAGAAAGCCCAGACCGAUGGUUCUGACCCGUACAUGGGAUUGUUAGUCUACAGAAAUACACCCACUGAUUUAACCGCUACACCAGUUCAACUCCUAAUGAGUCGUCGCCUUCGAGACAACCUCCCAGUCCAACAGAAACGGCUCGGUCCAUCUGUACAAAACGUAAAAGAUGUACAAAGGCGACUUUCACAUAAACGGAUGAACAGUAAGAUAUACUACAACCGUAACACCCAGUCUCAAAAACCAUUAAAGGAAAGAGAGGAUGUCUACAUGCAACAACCCAAUGGGAAAUGGAAACCAGCGAUAGUGAGAAAAGUAGCCGAGAUACCACGAUCAUAUAUUGUCUCCACAUCUGGUGGUGGAAAUUAUCAACGGAACCGUCGUCACAUCAUUCCGUCCAAACCAGCCCCGCUAGCCAACAGUCCGAACAACAAAUCAACAGGUUCGACACCUCCGCUGCUGGAAAACCCAACUCCUCCUGAGACUCCGAAACCACCUGACACAUCUCCAACUUCACAGUUCUCACGUUAUGGUCGACGUAUUAAGCCCAAGACUUUAUCUGAUUUCAUAACUGGAUAA